AUGCCCACCAAAAUUGAAUCUUCCACCUCUGGGAACGCAGGGCUUCAUUUCCGUCAAUUAGGUCAUCCAAAAGGAUACCCAAUUGACUGGCCCAUCGACCGUUCCUGCUUAAAUCUAGCAGUAACCAGGCUACACAAGCUGACCGAGACCCUCACCUCCGCCACUGAGUACACCGCUAGCGUAAAUGAUUACGUUGCAGGGUUGCCAGUUACGAAGGUAGAGAGACCAUUAGGUCCUAAGGCAAGAAGGAACUUCCGUGCACCUACCACUGAUUCGUCGAAUCGAGCCGGAGGCCAUGGGCAGGUUGGUCCUGAGAAUCUGUUCAGCUCGCGUUUUGUACUGUACAUCACAUCAGGCAACCAGCUGUCGACAAUAUUUUCCAUCGUCCACACUCUAACUACUUGA